UUAUUUCCCCGCCUACCGGAAGCGUUGCAUAAACCACACAAGUCAAGUGCAAACAGAUAGAUAAGUGUUCGCAGAAGACAAUAAAUCGUUUUCUUUUUCUUACAAAUAUGAAUAAAAUGAUCGGCGCUUUGCGGAGGACGUUCGGCGUGGUGCGAGAGCAUGUCGGUACGGACCAUCUGGGCAAUAAAUAUUACAUUGUCCCCGAACAGAAGACAUGGACAGGGAGACUCGUCCGUGCCAAGAGGCUGGUGGAGGCCUCGAAUCCCUCAGAGCACGAAUAUAUGGAAGGCAACAUCCCCAUCGAGUGGGAUGCUUGGAUCCGAGGCAGACGGAAGGAGCCUCCCUCUGUGGAGGAGCUGACAAAGAACGAGGCCUACAGGCAGCAGAUCAAGCUGAAGGCCACGGAGGUGGAGGAGAAAGACUUGGCCCUGAAAGCGAAGGAAUACGAGCAAGGCCUGUUGGCGACGCCGUCUAGGACAGUGGCCGCGGGCCAUGCGGCCGCCACCAGCUUUGGCAAGCAGGAACUCGGCGAGGAACCCACCAGCACGGCCAACACCUUCCAGCCGGGCUCCUGGCGGCCUAAUCCCAAACAGAAAGCUUAAAGAGACGGCGGCAUGGACUCGGUUCGCUUGGCCGUGUAGCGCAAUCCAGUAGAAAGGCCGGCUGUUUUCUUACAGCUCUUGUCGUGGAUCUCUUUGAUUAUGUUGCGAAUGAAGUGGCGGGUGAGUCUGUUUAAUAUUG